AUGGCAAAGAAGUUGCUACUGAUUGUCCUCCUUGCUUCACACUUGUUCGUGUCCGGAGUGUUGUCGGGGAGUAUCCUUACCAUAGAGAACAAAUGUAAUGAGACAGUUUGGCCAGUUAUCUUCUCAUGGGUAUCAAACCUCUCCACCACUGGUUUCGUUCUCAGAAGCGGCGAGGCGCGUACUCUACCGGCGCCGUUCUCAUGGUAUGGUCUUAUCUCGGCUAGGACCCACUGCUCAACCAACUCGACUGGUUACUUCUCGUGCGCCACCGGAGACUGCGAAUCCGGCAUCAUAGAGUGCCCCGGCACAUAUGAUUGGUAUCCCGUGACGUAUGUUUAUUUUAGAACCAAUCACGACGGAGUUAGCAGCUACACCAUCAAUGUGGAGCACGGUUACAACCUUCCCUUAGUGGUGGUACCGUCACAACCUAGCCAGACAUGUAUCAGCGCUGGUUGUUUGGUUGACUUGAACAAUACUUGUCCAGAGGAUCUUGGUUUAUUCACCGGUGGGAAACAAAUCGGCUGCAGCAGCGACUGCCAAAAGUAUAACACGAAAGAAAUUUGCUGCACCCAUGACUUCAAGUCAAAGCAAAGAUGCAAGAAGACGAUGUACAUGCAGAACUUCGAACGCGCUUGCCCACUCGUAUUUAGCUAUGCCUUCGACGAUAAUAACAGCACCAUGAUAUGCCCUAAGUCAACUGACUUUGUCCUCACGUUUUGUCCCUCGUCCCUUCCUAAUAGCACCAGGUCAGACUCUGUUCCAUUUCUAUUUUGCUGA